AUGGACCCCAUAUUGCAUCCCGUCGUGUUGGACCCCGCAUCUAUCCCACUCCCUCCCUCCCGUCCUGUGUCCCCAAGCACGCCUGGCUCUUCUACCACCAUGAGAGAACCCUCUGACAACCCGGCCUGUGGUCCAUCACCGUUGCCUCAUGACCUUCCGCCUGUCAAAACCUCCAAGGGGUGUGGAGAGUGCUUGCUGGCUCCUUGCGUUUGCGGUCUUAGCCUUGCUCCCCAAGGGUGGGAUAAACCGUCCCUGUACCUUCAUCCUGUCCUGUCUUGCGAAAGAGAGAUCAUCCAGAAAUUUCUACAAAGCAUACCCGACAAGGCAGGAAACCCACCGCCUGUGUACUGGCCAGUCACCGACGUUGGAAAUUCCCUUGUAGGGAAGGGAACCCUCCUUGUCCUGCCCAUCAACCGAUAUGCAGACUGUUACGGACGCGCCGAGUGUGUCUUACAAUCCGACCUCGACCAAGUGCUGUUAGAGCUGCGCGUGCUCGGGUGGAACACUUUCCGACAUGGUUUGAAAGCGCCGGACGGUCCGUUGACAGCACUAGCCGCGGUCUCUCAUGAGCGCCUGACAGCGCUGUGGAGGGAAGAGGCAGAGAACGUGCCGAGGGUCAAUAACGUCACCGUGCACGCCUUGAGCGUUCUUAAGACCAUGCACGGGUCUUUGGAGGACAACCCGUCAUCAGAUGACCCCGUCACAUCGGUGCUCCUGAAGGCGUUUAAGACGAGCUCGGCCAUGCAGUGCUUCAACCCCGAGUUGGGCACCGUCGCCGCCCUAGUACGCGCCGACAGACUCGAGUGUCUCGGGGCUACUAUAUUGGAACCACCUGUCUUUUUUGAUCCUUCUGCCGCCGAGGUGCGCAGAGCCGCACCACCUUCCGGUCCUGAAGAAUCACUGACAGUCGUAUGUAUAGGCCCCAUACAUCGUUGCACCACCGGCCACUGGUAA